AUGAAAGAUCUGCCUUCACCCGAGUUGCGAUGUGACUGCAGUGGUGAAAUGUUUCGUCAGAGUUACAGUUAUUCCUCCACUAGAGGGAAGAAAGACAGGGGAGAUGGGAGAGUAACAAGUAGAAAUCCCCUUUGUAAGUUUCACCAGGAGCGCUAUGGCCGUUUCCUCUCGGCUUAUUUUGGAUACAGCAGUGAAGAACGAGUGGUGCAUUUGCGCGAAGCUGCACAACUGAGCAUGAUCGGCGUGAACCUUGGGAAUGCGAGUCGACACCGCCCUGAUGGAGACAUUUUCACGGGACGCCAGCGAUUGCGUCAUUCGGUACUCGCAGUGGAAGGGGAUGCAUUUUUCUAUAAGAUCGUACAGAAGGCAGUUAAAGAUACGAAUAAGCACGGGAACGCCCCAAUAGACGAUCCACUUUGUUGGCCGAACGCCCGCUGCAUCGCCCUUCACUAUGGCCUCCCGGGCAACUCAUCAGUUGAUCAAAAUGCUUUUCCUCGCGCAACGCUUUUGGCUAUAGUGGCGUCCACCAUUAUUAAAAGUGGUGACACUGUGCGUUUGUGCCUUCGUUCGUACCAUCGGUGUUUGGAUGAGGCAGCAUGGUACGAACGAACGUUCGGGCGACGCCACAUUGAUGAAGUGAACCCCACUAAGAGUGUGUCGGAUGGAGAAAAAUGGUUUCCCCGAUGGCCGACAGGACUUCCAUUUUAUCACGGUAUUGGCAGAAAGCACGCGGGGGCUGAACCCGUUGGUGGUUUCCCGUUUACACUACUGGACAUAAAAGAAACACCAGAGCUUGGUGAGGGACAGUACGGCCUUUUUGCAGUACAUCCGAUACCGUAUGGCACCUGUUUCUUGUAUUGUGGUCCUGCCGUGUCAACCGAAGCUUUAGAGGCCCGCAACAACGUCGGGGAAGCAUGCAACGGAAUUUAUUCUUCCUCUCUGCCUAAUUCACACAAAGAGUCGGCUCGCGGAUUACGCUCUACCGCACACAACAAUGAAUACGCAUCCGCCACUUCACAUGAACUCCCAUUAAACGAUGCGACAUAUGCACUGGGACUGGGGCAGCAUGUUGUGUGCUUUGGUCAAGGCCUUAUGCGCUACGCCAAUCAUCGUUAUAACUUAAGCAAGUUCGGAAAUGUUGAGCUGUGUUCGCUGAUGCUAAUGAUUCCGAGCGAGCUUUCUCCACUUAAAGAAGCUUCAAAGAAACUAUCUAAAGGGACGGAAGACGCUCAUUGCAAGGUUAAAAUAACAAAAAGGUUCCGAAGCUGCGUGAAAAAGCGCAGGCCUUUGCUACAUAGGGAGCGCGUUAAUAAAUGUGGGAAGGCAAAUCGCGGAACAACGCUUAUGGGGCGCGCUACUUUAUUGGAAAAGGAGAGUCACCUUGUCACUAUCCCUUUCUUCAUUGCCACGGCUGAUAUAGAACCCGGAGAGCAGUUGUUGACGUGGUCUUACGGCGAGGAAUACGACGCGCAACUGGAACGGAGGGCAGUUUGUGAUGGGCACCUUGUCCCGUACGCCGCUGCUGCGCUGCUCGACUCACGCCAACCAGUUGGACGCUGGCAACCAUACCGAGGCGACUACCGCCACGGAAUAGCGGCAGGUGACAUUGUAUGGUGUAGUCAACUCUCAUCUAAAGGUGGAAGGGAUCCUCUGGAUAGUUUGUUUGUGGUUGUAAAAAUCACACCUGUUGGUGUGGGCUACAUGUUGCUAAGACCCAUAACGCGAAGCAAGAACCAAGAGUCGCUGCUGACCCAUUUUUUUGGUGCGUUUGACGGGGAGGAAUGGGUUGUUUUUGGCGUGUGUGAUGCGGACGUGCUGGAGCUUUGCCUUGUUGCCCAUGCGGACACGGUGGGAUUACUCAUCGCUGAUGAGGAUUAUCGGAGUUUUGUUGUCAAGGAUCACGACAUGGCGUUACGUAAUCGUGACGAAGCCUGCGAAUGUGGAGGAGGUAAACGUUGCUCAUUACGCUUCGCUGUGGUUCAUGCCACUGCCCUUCGAGAGGCAACAAGUUUAGUUGUUGAAGGGUUUGAUAUGAGUAAGGUAGGAAUGCCGUUGCUCCGUGGUGUGGUGUGGCCCCUGCUGAACAGUGAAGGAUGA